AUGGCGUCGUCGUUGUCACUGGUGCUGAACUGUCCGGCGGUCGGGAUUCAGAGCUCUUGGGUUGUUCGACUGGGCGACAUCGAGGAUGGGGAAGACUUGAAGGCCUGCAUUGCGGACUUCCGCACUGCUUUGCACUCCAAGGGACUGGUGACUGUUGAGAAAGAGGGAGAAAUGAGCUCUGGGCAAGAAUUGCUGCUGGAGGGCCUACUCUUUCAACGGCUAGCAGAGUGGAAAGAGAAGCUGCGGCGUUGCCAGCAGGUAGAGGAGGAGAAACAGAACUGGGAGACAACGCUGCAGGCCAUUCGUGUGGAAUACAUCCGAGAGAUCGAAAUGUACAGAUUGAAGUUGCGCUACUUGGAGCGUGGGAAGGAACCGCCAGACCAACGCGCCAGUUCAAUGGGGCGCUUCAAAGCAGCAUCGGUGCAGACAGAGAUGCAGUCGCCCUUCCAGGAAGUCCUCUCCUUGUGGGAGAAGUCUUUUGAUUUGCAGCAGCGCUUGGAUGCGGUACAUCGGCGAAACAUGGCCUUUGAAGCUGUUGAAGACUGCGUCUUCACACUUCAACGAGCUGUCAUGGAAGAUGAGCGCCGCAACAGUUCUUUGGAAAAGGCCUUUCUGGAAGCUGUGGAAGCCUUCACCUGGAAGACCCUGGCCCUACAUGAGGCAGCGAGCAUGGCCUCCUUUGCGCUGCAGGGCCGUGAUAUCAUGGCUCUUGAUCGCAGUGAGCUUUGCCCGUGGAGCUCCUCACUUCCAGUUGCCAGACACGAGUUGCGGGAGAUGAUCUCCUCACAGUCUGUGGAGGAGCUGGAGGCGAUUGCAAAGGGUGAGGAUCGCGUUCGAACCGAACAACAUGUGCUUCAGCUUCGGCGGAUGGUGCGAAGUCUACAGAACUUGAGCGAUGGCGAUCCGGGCACUGUCUCUUCCAAGAAACAGCACUCAGUUCAUGGCUGCGUAGCAGCGAUGAUCCUGGAUGACAUGGAAGACGAACCUGAACUACCUGAACCGGGGCGCUUUGCUCAGAGCUUAUCCCAUCCACAACUGGACACCAUUCGGAAAGCGUUGGCGUCCGCCAAGGCAUUAAACGAGACCUUGGAUUUGGUGAAGAGUGUGUCCCAACGGUGGCCGAGCGGACCCACUUCCAGGGAGGCAAAAGACUUUCAGGCUUUUCUCUCCAGUGAUAACGAAGACGAGCCCUUCGAGGCUGUCCCCAGUCUCAGAGACCAGGGUCCAAAGACUCCAGUUCCAGUCAUCAGCAUCCUGCCGGCGAACGAAGUUGACGCUUUUGCAAACACGGCCGAGCUGGCCGAGCUGCCCAAGGAGAUGUCAGAGCACAUUUUGGAGGCUACUGAGGCUGAGGACUACGGUGCUGAAGUCACCCAGGAUCUUCGUAGAUUGGAAGAGAGCAUGCGACAAGUUGGAGAUUGCCGCCGUGAAGUUAAGGCUGAUUCAAGAUGGAACGAUUUCACUGAUUACAGGGGCAACGUGCCUGUUGCUGAUGCCUCGACCAUGACGCCGCCAAGUUUGCUUCUUUCACUUCUGAAGUCCAAGGAGGUGGCCUGGACUUCGGUUCCUUUGGGCUCCGAGAAGGACUUUCAAUGGAGCUUGAUGCCUGUACUGGCGCAGACAGAUGAGGCGAAGACACUAGAGCUCCCCAGUGCCGGUGACGUCGAAGCGGGGUUGAAGCGCAUUGAGUCGAAGAUGCUUGAGGAGGAAAACAAAAGAUCCGCUCUUCCACCACAUGUUCUUGCUGGGCAGGCUCCAGGAACUACUUGGCCUUCCAUCUCACCGGUUGCGUGGUCCCGCAUUGGGGGUGGCCUCGAAUUGGCCCGUCUCACCUCAGAGCCACGUGCCUACUGCGCCCAGCGGCGCGUGUCCAGACCUGCACCACCGCCAGCGCCGGUGGAAGAGCAGGCGCUGGAAGAGAUCGAUUUGAAACCCAUCACCUCGGCCAUCUCCUACAUCAAAAUCGCAAAACCGGAGGUCGAACAGGUGCCCCGAAAGCGAAAGGCUCGACGCGAAGAACGGGAGAUGAAGGUGGUGGAGCAAACGGAACAGGACCUGUCGAAGCAGGACGUGCAGGACCUGCAAAGCCUGCAGGAUUUGCAUGAUCUGCAACAAGUGCAGGUGAAAGCGCAAGAAGAGGACCUCAAAGCUCCACCCCACCAUGAGUUCCAGCAGGGAAGGCGGCCCAAACGCCGACUUCAUACUCUGGAGCAACAACGAGAUGACAAGGUGGUCCAGCAGUGGCUCACACGCCUACGGCAACCUCUUGCGGCGGUGGCCAAGAUUGAGGAGCCUCUUGAGUCGACUUGA